AUAACCGCAAGCACAACAAGUUUUGUGUGUGUGUAUGUGUGACUGGGAUGGGCUAAGGGCUGGUUAGAGGGAGGUGGAAAGACGCUCGGCAUCAAUGAAGUGAAAGGUGGAUUGAAUCUAAUAUAAGGAGGAUGCGAGCGGCAGAUCAAUAACCGAGAGAGCUGGCAGGAUAACAGACAGAAUCAGAGAACAGCUGUGGUGGGCUUGGAAGAGCAACAGUCAGAUAUCCAGCAUGCGUGCUCUGGUGGUUUUGCCUCUGCUCUUGUGUGCAGUGGUGUGUGUGGAUCAGGUGAGAGCGCAAGUGACGGCAAUGAAGCUGUGCGGUAAGCAGUUAAUCAACGCCAUCUCCUACACCUGUGGAGCGUCCCGCUGGAGGAGGUUCUUCAGCGAGCCAGACGUGGAUGGGGAGCAGAGCAGCUUGGAGAAGUUCAGCAGUUUGGCCUCAGAGAUGACCAAACGGGAUAAUAACAUCUUCCUGGCCAACAUGUGCUGUCAGGUGGGCUGCAGGAAGACCGACCUCGCCCACUUCUGCUGAGGACAAUCCUCUCACUUUUUGUUGUUGUUGUUGUUGUUAAAGUGACUAUAAUGACUGUGUACCUUGCUAAGAACCAAAUCUGACUCACGUGGCGAACUGUUAUGAUCUCUGUGCAAGUGUUAAACUUUGUGGAAGUGAAUCUGGAUGAGCAUCUCUGAACAUGUUCCUGAACCCGAGCUGUACAUGUGCGACCAUAAAUAAAUGUUUUAAAAUCAGUUGUCUUUCUUGCAACCUUCACCUGUAUUUGGUAAUUUUUUUGCUGCUUUUGUCAAAUAAAUAUUCUAUUAUAACACCGGGAUUCAAUUCUGCAAAGGUUUGUUUGUUUGUUUUUUACUCCAAAUACUGGACAACGUGUGAACUUAUCAAACUGGAUCACUAAGACCCCCCCCCCCCC